GAGUGGGGGUUCGGAGGUGGCGGGGCCUUCGCUCUGCCCCCGGGCCACCGGGCCAAUGGCGGAGCGGCGCGGCCUGCACCGUGCCACGACCCGACUCAGUCGCGACUCAGCCGCGACCCUUGACACACGUUUGACGCGCGCGGCCGCGUCCUACCCGUCGCCCGCUACCGGCAUCAUCACGCACGGAGCGCUAGUAUACGGCGGGGUCGGUGGCCCGGGCCUUUGCCCUCCGAGAGCCUCCGACCACCCGCCUCUCGAACUCGGUUUCCGCGGCAGCUGGCGCGAUGAUGAACUGCUGCCCUCGACGCCCGCCAGCCAGGCUGCGUCGACGCAGAGCGGCUCCUCUGUCACGGAUAAAGGCCAAAACGUGGAGUGCGUCGUUUGCGGAGACAAGUCGUCGGGAAAGCACUAUGGCCAGUUCACUUGUGAGGGUUGUAAAUCAUUCUUCAAACGGUCAGUUCGAAGAAAUCUAACGUACUCGUGUAGAGGAAAUAGAAACUGCCCCAUCGACCAACACCAUAGAAAUCAGUGCCAGUACUGCCGGUUAAGAAAAUGUCUCAAAAUGGGCAUGAGGAGAGAAGCUGUCCAAAGAGGGAGAGUGCCACCGACGCAGCCUGCGGGUUUAUCUUUACCUGGUCAAUUCGCUUUAACGAAUGGCGACCCAGCAGCUGGGCUCAACCAUCCCUACCUCUCCUCAUACAUAUCUUUACUCCUCAGAGCAGAACCCUACCCAACCUCAAGAUAUGGACAAUGCGUUCAAACCACCAACGUCAUGGGAAUAGAUAACAUCUGCGAAUUAGCAGCAAGGUUACUCUUCUCGGCCGUAGAGUGGGCGAGGAAUAUCCCCUUCUUCCCUGAACUCCAAGUGACAGAUCAAGUGGCGUUAUUGAGGCUUGUCUGGUCGGAGUUAUUCGUCCUUAAUGCAUCACAGUGUUCAAUGCCCCUCCAUGUAGCUCCCUUACUCGCCGCCGCCGGUCUCCAUGCGUCACCAAUGGCAGCUGACCGUGUGGUGGCGUUUAUGGACCACAUCCGAAUCUUCCAAGAGCAAGUGGAGAAGCUGAAAGCGCUCCACGUUGACUCAGCGGAGUACUCCUGUCUGAAGGCCAUCGUCCUCUUCACGACAGAUGCCUGCGGACUCUCAGAUGUUCCACACAUAGAGAGCUUACAAGAAAAGUCCCAGUGCGCGCUCGAAGAGUACUGUAGGAGUCAGUACCCAAACCAGCCCACGAGAUUCGGGAAACUACUACUAAGACUGCCUUCCCUUCGAACUGUCAGUUCUCAAGUAAUAGAACAGCUAUUCUUCGUAAGGCUAGUUGGAAAAACGCCAAUAGAAACUCUCAUUCGGGAUAUGCUACUCUCAGGCAGCUCUUUCUCGUGGCCGUACAUGGCGACCAUGUGACAUACAAUGUGGCGCCAGCUAGCGGCGGCAUGAUCCACGCCUUACGGCUUCCCGCCGUAUCUGCCCAGCCAGCGACUCGACUUUCGGUAUCGCGACGCGUCCGAAGACGCCGUGACGUCAUCCAGCGAGGUGCCAGAAGAGCCGAACGCGGCCGAAGACUACUUCGGGAGGAGCAGAGACAGCGACAGAGCCGAUCCUUGUCCCACAUUCGAUCCUUCAGCGUUCUAUGCGCCGAAACUUGACGAAGCCAGUGAUACGCAAAAAGCUCAAAAGACUCUAAUGAUUGACAAUUUGUUAAAUAUUCGAAGCGACUCGUGUUCCCAAACCGAUUUGAAGUAGAUUCCGGGGUCAGUAGUGUCUUAGUUGGAGUUUUGUUCCUCUGUAUUAUAUUUAGGCUAGAUAUUUAAUGUAAAUAAAAUUCUAUUAUUGUAAAUGUAUGUAUAUUUAAGAUAAAUGAGGCGUUUUCUACGGUGUUCACUGAUUUAUAAAUCAAAGAAAUUAAGUCGGAAAUUGUUUAUGGUUAGGUGUGAUGAAAGGCAAUAUUUGUGCAAUGUGAGAAUGUGUAUAGUGAAUAGAAAAAUGGGUGGACCUUAAUAUAAUUGUCUUUAUUACUGUAUAUGUUUUUCUACUUUAAUACAUCACUAUUGUUUAACAUACAGCCUUAAAUAUUUAUUUUUUCUUGUAUGUAGCUUUUAUAGAUUGUUUAUUGGUGCUGUCUUUAAUUUACGAAAAUGUAUAAUUCCGAUUUGCAUUUAUAAAAUUUCUAUAACAGAUUACGUUUAGCAAAUUCCUGAGAUAUCUUCUCAUUAACCAAACAACAUUUAUUAAGAUGGAAGACGAAAAGUUGUCAUAUUUUUAGUUUCCAAAUGCAUGCAUGUUUAAAAUAUUACGCGAAAUCUGACUUAGCAGAUGCGUAGUCCAAUUAGUUAUGUCAAAAGGUCACACUAAAAACUAUUAUUCUCAAACAUGCCGUAUUGGUUACCAUAGCUACCAUUUCUUUCAUGGACGAAAAAUCGUAACCAUGGUAAUGAGAUUCUCUGAUAAGUACGACUAAUUCAAUUUUAUUUUAAAUUGAAAUUUUCGUAAUUGUCAUAUCUAGUGCAAGAGUCUGAAGUUAGAAGAUAUCAUGGGGGUUUACUUAAAAAAAUGCGACGUAGAUAUCAAAUUUAAUAUUAUUUUAUAUUUUUGUACGUUUGGUAGUUAGAAUUUGAUUGAUAAUAAACAAUAGAAACGCGCACAUAUACUCAAAAUACUGUCCUUACAUCUGAGACAAAAAAAUGUGUAUUAAAAUCGCGUGUUUAUCAGAUAUCUUUAGUUUUCCGAAUUUUUAAUAAAAACACAUUCUAUAAACUUUUGCAUUUGACUAAAAUAAAUUGUUUCCAGCAUGUAAUAAAUUUUGAUAUUCUAUUAUUUAAAUAUUCUAUAUAUCUAUCCUGCCAAACUAAAAUAAAUGAAAAGCAAUGUAAUUAAUGCAAUAAUAAAUGUACAGUCAUUGUAAUGUAUGUGUGAGUCUCUGGAGUUGUAAAGACAUACUGAGAUAUUAAAGAAUG